UCGUGGACAAAGUAUAUUUACAACGCACUGCCUUGAUGUUAGCCGUUUCAAAUUUACACAUAGAUUGUGUUACGACUUUAAUAAAAUCAGGGGCGGAUCCUAAUGUUUUAGAUAAAGAUGGGCAUUCGUGUUUGUUUCGAGCUGUUGUAACGGGUCAACAUAGCGUUUUACAUAUGCUACUUCCACGAAGUACGGUUGUAAACACCCCCGAUUCAAACGGAAAAACGAUUUUGCACGUUUCCGCUGCAUACGGAAAGUUGGCUUGCACCCAGCGGAUUUUACCAUAUAUGGAGCCAACUAUAGCUAAGGCGUGCGAUAAACAAAAUUUUACAUCUUUACAAUGGGCUUGUUAUACGGGUAAUUUUGAGUGUGUGGCUCAUUUUUUUAAAGAAGGUGUUUUUGAUUGUCUCGAAGGGAACCCAUUUUCGGCUAUUCAUUGUGCAGCUUCUGCUGGAUCGGAACAAUGCAUCGACCUCCUUUACAAGCAAUUCGGCCCCGAAACGGUCAAAUUCAAAGACAUGAAAUGUCGCACGCCUCUGCACGUCGUUGCAAUUCAUGGCCAUUCGGACUGUGCCUUAUAUCUUUUAAAUUUGGGCGCCGAAAUUAAUGUUAAGGACGAGGAUGGGCGGACUCCGUUGAUGGUUGCUGCGAUGAAUGGCCAAAUAGAAGUUAUGGGUAAUUAA